AAUUAUAUGGUGUGUAGUCCUCCCACUAUGACUCGGGAAACCAUGCAGUUUAUUAGGCUACAGAUUAAAGUUAUAAUGAACUUCACAGGGUGGUGAAGAUCUUGAUGCUUCUUUCAAGAAAUGAUGAGGGUCUUAUUCUGGUGACAUGAUGAUUGAUUCUUGACCGCCAUUUAACAAUAAUAAUAAUUUAAUUAUAUAGACUAGCCUACCCACACUGUAUCUGUGAGCAGUUGGCGAAGAUGAGAAGAAGGAACUGAGGUCAACGUUGAUAGCUUGCUACUACUAUAAUUGAUUUGAUCAAAAACAAUAUGUUUCUUGCACAUGAUGUAUUUAUCAGUGUUAUUGACCUCAUAAUAAGCCAGUAAUUCCAGUAGACAUAAUUCAUUUAAACUGUCUUAAUUUUAAUUAGACUUUACUAACAACAAGAGGACUUUGUGUUGAAGCCUAUUUCUUCAUAUUCUUCCUGUUUAGCAGAUGAAAUUAGGCUAUAGGCUGCUAUAUCCAUAGAUUUGUCGGUCAUUUGUCUGAGUUUUUUAUCCUAAAAAACUCCCCUAGUCCUUGCCGAUGACAAGCAUACCCAUAACAUGAUGCAACCACCACCAUGCUUGAAAAUAUGAUGAGAAGUACUCAUAGUGAUGUGUUGUGUUGGAUUUGCCCCCAACAUAACACUUUGUAUUUUUUUUUUGCAGCAUUACUUUAGUGCCUUAUUGCAAACAGGAUGCAUGUUUUGGCAUAUUUUUAUUCUGUAUAGGCUUCCUUCUUUUCACUCUGUCAUUUAUGUUAGUAUUGUGGAGUAACUACAAUGUUGUUGAUCCAUCCUCAGUUAUCACCUAUCACAGCCAUUCAACUCGGUUUCAAAAUCACCAUUGGCCAUUGGCCUCAUCAGGCCAAAAUCACAAUUUGCCUCAUCAGGCUAAUUUCUACCAGCAUGUUAAAUGUGCAACCAGAGGGAGAAAAAAACUCUAGACCACCUUUACUCCACACACAGAGACGUGUACAAAGCUCUCUCUCGCCCUCCAUUUGGCAAAUCUGACCAUAAUUCUAUCCUGAUUCCUGCUUACAAGCAAAAAUUAAGGCAGGAAGCACCAGUGACCCGGUCAAUAAAAAAGUGGUCAGAUGAAGCAGAUGCUAAACUACAGGACUGUUUUGCUAGCACAGACUGGAAUAUGUUCCGGGAUUCUUCUGAUGGCAUUGAGGAGUAUACCACAUCAGUCACUGGCUUCAUAAAUAAGUGCAUGGAUGACAUCGUCCCCACAGUGACUAUACGUACAUACCCCAACAAGCCAUGGAUUAUAGGCAAUAUCCGCACUGAGCUAAUGGAUAGAGAUGCCACUUCAAGGAGCGGGACUCUAACCCGGAAGCUAUGCCCUCCGAUGAACCAUCGAACAGGCAAAGCGUCAAUACAGGACUAAGAUCGAAUCGUACACCGGCUUCGACGCUCGUCGAAUGUGGCAGGGCUUGCAAACUAUAAUAGACUACAAAGGGAAGCACAGCCGAGAACUGCCCAGUGACAUGAGCCUACCAGACGAGCUAAAUUACUUCUAUGCUUUCUUCGAAGCAAGUAACACUUGGACUCCCGAGUGGCGCAGCGGUCUAAGGCACUGCAUCUCAGUGCAAGAGGCGUCACUAUAGUACCUGGUUUGAAUCCAGGCUGUAUCACAUCCGGCCGUGACUGAGAGUCGCAGAGGACGGCGCACAAUUGGCCCAGCGUCGUCCGGACACCGUGCACCUGGUGACCUUGGUUAGCGCGCCAAUUGUGCGUCGCACCACGGACCUCUCGGUCGCGGCCGGCUGCUACAGAGCCUCUGGUGGCACAGCUAUCACUGUAAUGCAGUGCCCUAGACCACUGCGCCACCCAACAUGUUUCAAGCAGACCACCAUAAUCCCUUUGCCCAAGGGUGGGGUAUGUGCAGUCGUUUAAAAGUAAUGUUAAACACUAUUAUUGCACACAGAGUCAGUCCAUGCAUCUUAUUAUGUGAUGUGUUAAGUACAUCUUUACUUCUGAAUUCAUUUAGGCUUGCCAUACAAAAGGUUUUAAUACUUAAUUAAUUUGUAAACAUUUCUAAAAAACAUAAUUCCACUUUGACAUAAUUGGGUAUUGUAUGUAGAUCAUUGACACAAAAUGUCAAUUUAGUACAUUUUAAAUUCAGGCCGUAAUACAGCAGAAUGUGGAAAACGUCAAGGGGUGUGAAUACUUUCUGAAGGCACUGUACAUAGCUACUUCAAUUACCUCGUUCCCCGCACAUCGACUCGGUACUGGUUCUCACUGUAUAUAACCAUGUUCUUUUUUCUCGUUAUUGUUAUUCAUUGUGUAUUUAUUCCUUAUGUCACUUUUUAUAUUGUAUUUUUGUAUCUUUAACUCUGUAUUGUUUGUCUACCUAUGUUUACAGAGCAUGUGACAAGAAAAUGUGAUUUAAUUUUAAUCUAGGGUCAGGGUUGUGGUUAAAGCUAGGGUUAGCGUGAACUGGAAUGUGGUCAUAAAGCUAGGAUUAGGGUUGUGGUUGAAUUGUGAAAAUAAUGAUUCCUCUUAGAUUAUUGGUGAUACUAAGGAAUCAGGAAGUGUUUGGUGCUUCCCCAAGCCUGACAAUGUAGAAAGGUGACUUCCUUGUGUUAGUAAUCUAUUUCGCAUCAAUAAAGGGUUGUGACAUACGUCUCCUAUAAUUCAGACGGUUUAUCAGUGUCAUGAGCUACAAGGCAGGUUGAGCACCUUCUCAGAAGUUGUUCUACAUUCAGAUUCUGCGUCCUCCACCUCUCAAUUACAGGUACAUUACUGUAGCAUUGACAUUAAAUAAACUAAAAAGGAAUGACUGUAAACCCUAUAUUUGGUAUUCAGACAAUAUUUACUUUGACGUCUCACCUGUCAAUAAUAGGACAUAUUUGGUUAUAUUUCUGUAGAUAAUGAUGUACUUCAAUAGAAAUUUGAUAUCAAACAAAGAUAUGGGAUCUCCACACAUACGGUAGUAUUGGCCACAAACAGAAAAAACAUUCUGAGUUAAUAAUUAUCCAACUGUUCCACCUGACAGGUCGUAUAUGCAUACCAAUGGCUCUGCUGGAGAGGUCAGUUCUAAGCCCCAUAUCUUCUAUAUUUAAUUUAGGUCAUUUAGCUGACACUCUUAUCCAGAGGAACAUACAGUUGGUGCAUUAAACUAAGUUCAUGACACCAAGAGGAGAGGAUGGGGAAUGGGACAAAUGUAGACAAUGCCAUACCUAAAUCAUACAGAGAUGCAUUGCUGUCAAUAUACACUAUUGUGCUCGUUGGAGGGACCAUCAGCAUGUCCCUCGUGAUCAACAUCAUCAAGUCCAACGUCCGCUCGGUGACCACUACAGCCGUUCUGAACCUGAUCGUGGUCCACUUCGUCUUCCUCCUGACUGUGCCCUUCCGCCUUUAUUUCUAUGCGGCCGGCGAGUGGCAUCUUGGUCCUAACUUCUGCAAGGUGGUCAGUGCCAUGAUCCACGCCCACAUGUACUUAGCCUUCGUCUUCUAUGUGAUCAUUCUGGUGAUCCGCUACCUGAGUUUCUUCAGGAGGUUCAAUCAGAUGGAGUUCUACAGGAGGCUGCACGCCCUGGGGGCUAGUGCUGCUGUCUGGGGCCUCAUGCUCAUUGUGGUGGUCCCUUUGACUGCUGUGAAGUAUGGAUCAUCUACAGAUAAUAAUACAACAACCAAUGACAACCAGUGCUUCAAUUUCGGAAGGAUCUUUGACGAGAAACAUACUGUGGCUGUGCUGAAUUACAUCAUCUGUGCUCUCAUCAUCGUGGUUACAUUGGCCCUGGCCUGUUGCCAAGUGUGGAUUUUGGGCUGUGUGUACAGAACUCACAGGGCGAUGAUCUUCUCUCAACAGGAGUUUUGGGCUCAGAUCAAAAGUCUAUGCUUUAUGCUGGUCAUUAUAGUAUGCUUUGUUCCAUACAAUGUAUUCAGGAUUUACUAUGUGAGUAAUUAUAAUGUCAGUCUCCAAAUGAAGAAUGAGUUUGCCCUUGCUAUCACAACGUUCAGCUGCUUUGACAUGUUGACUUUUAUAGGGAGGGGGUCGUUCAGACCCUGUGAUACAAUAUGUUGUGUAUCAUAAGAAUAACAUGAAUGUACUUUUUCUUAUAUGUGAUGUAAAGAAUGUAACAUGAGAAUAGGACUCUAUUUGCACCUUAAUUAAUACCAAAUUAUAAAACUGUACAGACUCUUUGAUAUACUUACUUCACAGCAAACAAUAUCAGAAGUAACAGUUACUUCAGUAUAUACCUCUUUCUAGCAGUUCCCUAAGUGGGAUACGUCCUUCAGGUUAAAUCAGAAAAGACAUGAAAACAAAUAGUGGAGCGGUGUUUAUUGUUCUUGUUGUACAGUUCUGGAACAUGAUACAAAGUAUUUACAUACUCCCACCACAUGGAUGGGUUUCUACAAAUUAGCUAAACUGAUUCUGAUUUAACAGUCACCUACAAUUUGGCAUACUGUAACACAUUAGCAUAACAAACAUACAGUGCAUGAUCAAACAUUUUGUGAAUUAUCAAAUUUUGAUAAACCAUGCAUUCUUUAUCAUCCUUUUUUACAACUACAUUUUCAAGUGAAUUAUGUUUCAUUAAAAUUUACUCUGCUUGUUCAGUG